UUUGAGACUUUGAGAAAAUUAAAACAACUUUUUUUUGUUAUAAUUUGUUUGACCACUUGAACUGAUCCGCCGAUGAUUUUUUUUAUAGGACACUAGUUGUUGUGAACACUACCGCAUCGGCGGUAAGGUUUCGGAGGACACGCGGAGGAGGAGGAGGAGGACAACAAUCGCCGCGACAAACAAGUGUGGGAAAAGUUGGCCACAAAAAGACAACGACGACAAAGUUAAGACCAAAUGAGACGACAAUCGCCACAUGAAGUGACCGAAAAUAAUAACGCAGAAGAAGAAGAGGACGACGACGACGACAAAGAAGUGGUUAUAAAGUUGUUUAUGUCGGCCGACAACUGUUGAAUACCAGUCUCUCCGACAACUCCGACACUUGUCUGCGACCACAACCAUAGCCGGUAGACCCAACACCACCGCAACCACUUAGUGUGACACAUAAAUGUCUGGCCCAUUGACCAUACGAUUUGUAUGAAUAUAUCCCCCGUUUUUUUUUAAAUAAUUUUAUUUAAUUGUCUGGCCUUACGGUUAUAACCGAUACAAACAAUACUACCCUCGACUACGACGCGAUGCUCAAGUCGAUGAAGACGUUGUCCAAACAGAGCAAACAAUUGUCCCGAAAAUGUAUAUCAGUGGUCAUAUCGACAAUGGAUGCCCAGCUAGAGUUCGACAUCGAACGAUCGGCUUUCGGUCGCGAUCUACUGGAUCUGGUUUGCCGUACAAUCGGUUUGCGAGAGGUGGCCUACUUUGGCCUACAGUUUAUCGAUACCAAAGGUUUUAUUGCUUGGCUAAAGCCGGACAAGAAAAUCAUCGAUCAGGACAUUCAACACAACCGGCAGGAAGACGCUAACGGAAAAAAAUUGAAAUCAGUUGAUCCGUCAAUGAGUUUCCUAUUUUUGGCCAAAUUUUUUCCGGAAGACGUUGCCGAAGAGCUAAUCCAAGAGAUUACCCAACACUUGUUCUAUUUGCAAGUCAAACAAGCCAUACUCAAUAUGGACAUCUAUUGUCCGCCCGAAGCUACCGUACUGUUGGCAUCGUAUGCCGUACAGGCCAAGUACGGCGACUAUGAUGAGGCCAGCUAUAAGCCGGGUAUGUUAGCCGAUGCCGAAGAUUUGCUACCGCAACGGGUCAUCGAUCAAUAUCAGAUGACACCGGAGAUGUGGGAAGAAAAGAUCAAGAUCUGGUACGCCGAUCACAAGGGUAUGACCCGUGACGAAGCCGAGAUGGAGUACCUGAAGAUUGCCCAAGACUUGGACAUGUAUGGUGUCAACUAUUUUCCGAUAAGUAACAAAAAAGAUAGCGAACUCUGGUUAGGUGUUACCGCUCUCGGACUGAAUAUCUACGAAAAGAACAAUAAACUGACGCCAAAGAUAUCGUUUCCGUGGAGCGAAAUACGUAAUAUCAGUUACGAUGACAAGAAGUUUACCAUUAAACCCGUAGAUAGAGCCCAUUCGCCGCAGUUUCAGUUUUAUUCGUCGAAGACCCGAAUGAAUAAACUGAUACUCGACUUGUGUAUCGGUAAUCAUGACUUGUUUAUGCGCCGCCGAAAACCCGAUUCAAUGGAAUUGCAGCAAAUGAAAGCACAGGCCAGAGAAGAGAAGGCCCGACGGCAGAAGGAAAGGCAGAAACUAUUGCACGAAAAACGGUUGAGAGAAGAAGCGGAACGGGAAAGAGGAGAACUGGAACAACGUUUGCUGCAAUAUCAGGACGAAGCUCACGGCGCUCAGGAAGCACUCAGACGUAGCGAAGAAACGGCCGAAUUGUUGGCCGAAAAGGCUCGGGUGGCCGAAGAAGAGGCUAUGCUAUUGUCGCAGAAGGCGGCCGAAGCUGAGGCCGAAAUCCAGCGAAUUAAGAUCAGCGCCAUUAAGACGGAGGAAGAAAAAGUUCUUAUCGAACGCAAGGCGGCCGAAGCCGAACUGUUGGCGUCGGCAAUGGUCGAAGAAAGUGAACGCCGGGCUAAAGAAGCGGAACAAUUGCGUAAUGAAUUGCUUCGGGCGAAACUAUCGGAAAGACAUGCCAAAGAAAAACUAAUGGAUGUACUGAGAGGACCGGCAUCGCCGACGCCAAUGGGCAGCAAACAGAUGAACGGAACUAAUAUUAAGAUUGACAAUCAUUUUGCCAAUAAUAUGCCGAUUAAUGGUAGCAAUGGAAUCAAUUCGAUGGACAACAAUCAUCAUCAUCAUCACGAAGACGCUGGUAGUGUUGUUAACUCGUAUUUCGAUAGUUUAUCGACAAAUGGUUACAACAAUGGCUGCAGUAAUGGUAUGAAUAUGUUGCGCGACUUGAAUGAGUUGCGUCUGAACGAACUAUCCGCUGCUGCCGACCAUCUGGCCUAUCAUUCGGCCAGUCUGACCAAUGGACUGGCAUCAUAUCAUACGGCGUACGGCAGUAAUGGCACCAAUGGUGUAACAGUGGGCUCGACUUCAUCGCCCACAUCAUCCGUAUCCAGACGUUCGCCAACCGGUAUGAGUCUAUUGUCGGCUACGGCUUGCGAUCUACUGAGCGAUACGGAUGUCGAAAAGUUGGCCCUCGAGAUCGAAAAAGAACGUUUGGAAUAUUUGGAAAAGUCACGUCACCUACAGGAACAGCUCCGGGAUCUCAAGUCGGAGAUUCAAGUGCUCAAAGUUGACGACCGGCUGCACCAAUACGAUCAUAUUCACGAUGAAAAUGUGACCCGCGGUGAAAAUAAAUACUCGACUUUGAGGCGAACCCGAUCGGGAACUACCAAAGCAAGGGUCGCCUUCUUUGAAGAAUUAUAGCCACCGAAGAAGAAUAAAAUAUAGGAUUUAUUUAUAAAUAUAUAUAAUAUUUAACU